AUGAUCCAGGUCCGCGAGGUGGCCAUGAUGUCCGAUCUCCAAGCCAAACUCAAGAAGGCAUUUGACCGCCUGAAAGGAGAUCAGGCAGCAAAUCCCGACUGGCGUUCAGGCUCAGACAGCAACGCGCUCGACCUGGUUCACCUCUCCAUGUAUCUGCUCCGUCUAUGGACGAACCAGGGUUCUCGAAGAAGAGCUGUACCAGUGGCUCUCAGCAACAUGGGUUUCCAAGAAGACGGUAGUCUGAAGUUUACCAGUUAUAUGAACAACCUCCACCCAACCAGGUAUCCUGAAAUUUACAGGGUAAUCGAGACGCUUGCAACCACAGCCUUGCCGCUGUGGGACCAGUGUUUGGCGGUCAAUGUCUCUUAUAAAAGAAGACUGGGCCCAGAAGAUUGUACAGGCGGCGGCCGUUUGAAGGGGUUGAGUAUGCCGGUGACCCAGAAGGAGUCCAACAAGCCCUAUCACAGGCCAGCAUUCUAUCAAGAUAGCGAAGAGGACGGACAGGAGGAAGAGGACAGGCUGCUUGACGCUUGGGAAGCCAUCCGCAGCCCCAUCUUGCCAGAUCCAGAGUUCAUUGCCGUGGACUAG